CGACACUAGGAAUUUGGAUAGUGUGUCAUCGAUACGACGUCGUAUAGCUUGGCCUUUCUAACAUUUCCUAUCCAGCUCCAAGUCUCAAUACCCAAUUAUCAUUUUCUCACUCGUUUGUAACCUUCGAAAUCUCCAGAACACAACGCCGGAGACGACGAGCAAUGGCUACUUCACUGACCGCCAUGGCGGCUCGCAGGGCAGCAAAUCUCGCUCGGCUCACGCCUUCCAGCUCAUCUGCAUCUCGAGCGUCUUCCCUCAUUCCUCGCCGCGGCCUCGCCGGCGCCGCCGAUCACCAUGGGCCACCAAAGGUUAAUGUCUGGCAAGAUCCAUUGAGUCCAUCGAAGUGGAAGGAAGAGCAUUUUGUGCUUGUCUCUCUAUCUGGAUGGGGUCUGCUGAUCUUUGGAAGCUACAAAUUCUUCACAGGAGGCAAAAAGGAGAAGGGAGAGAAAUUAGUGGAAGCGGCUCAAUAAGGACUCAAGGGCCCAUGCAGUGAUCUUUGUCGAAUAAUAUGUGCUUCAACUCACAACUCCUCGUAUUGUGUGGAGGAAUUUAAUUUCCAGUUUCACCUGAUUUCAGUUUACAAUUUCUUCAGUCUGUUUUUUAUGAUUGUUGAGGUGGAGAAACCUACAUAAUCUUCUUCUCGUUCUUGGAUGUUCUCUUGUUUGAUUUAAUGCAGUCACUAGUUUGCAUUUCACAUUUUUUCUUAAUGAUGAAAAAAAAAACCAGUGAUUUUUUGGAAUCAUCUUAUAAGUUACAACUGUUUUGUUGAUAUUAAGUUAGUACACGGUUAAUGUACAACUUAAACUGCCUUAUUACAACACAUUUGUUAUGUUUGCAUAGCAUUAUUGGGUGGUGAAUUUAAACUGUGCAACAUGAACUGCGAAAUGCAUUCUCUCUUUUGGAAACAAUUAGCAGCGAGAAACUAUUUUGUUACAGUAUUGUUGCAAUUAGACAAGUCUAAUUGUAAAACUUUCG